AUGAAGGAGUUGUUUGCAAUACCAUUUCGCGAAUCAUUUGACAAUACGAAUGCCCUGGCAGCGAACCAUCGGAUCAUGUUUGAUUUGGAUGAUGUGGAUGUUUUUCCUCCAUUGGCUCCAUAUCCUGAGUGGCAAAUGGUAGAUCGACCUCAUCAUCAGGAACAAGCAACGAGUUACCAAGAUGGAGAUUGGAUGUAUGUAGAUCACCCACGGCGUACCUUUGCCCAAGUCGCAGCGUCCAGUGGUUCAUUGAAUCAGCCUAUCGCCAAAUCACGAUUUUUUUGUGGUCUGGAGCAUCAAACUAGAAAGCAUGUUCGAGUCGCCAUCAAGAAAAGUGGGGCUUCUUUUGACAGCUGCAUAAACCACAACGACAAUGAUGACAACCUACCUGACUUUGAGCUUGUAUAUCUGACACGCAAGGAUGGUACAGCCAUCAAGAGACGCAGCACGAGGCAUGAGCAACAACGACAGUUUAAGCUUCAAGAAACGCUUUUAAGGCCUUACGGACGUAUUAUUAAAAAGCAGCAGAUCCACCUUGCUGCGCGUCAACGUUACUAUGAAGCAAAGCUUGCUGCGGCUGAAAAGCACGAGAAGAUGGAAAUGGGGAGGAAAAACGACCUUUUGGGUUAUCGAUAUUGGCUUUAUUCCUCAUCUGAUACCUCCAAUCAACGUGAGGUUUAUACACGUAGAUUGGCGCAUGAAAUCAAGACACAUGAUCAGAAAUCACCAGGCAUCUAUUCUAAAUGCGACACGGAUGAAAAAGUUGUUGACUUGUAUCGCAAGCGACUACGUGAAUCAGUACAGCAUUUGCCACCAAGCCAGCGACAUCUAGAAGCCAAGUAUUAUUACCUAUUCCCUAAGCGCUACCACUACCUUUAUUACGCUACCAUGAUUCCGGCACGGCUUGAUUCAGGGUUUUUGGAGGCACGUGAUUGCCGUGAAAUGCUAAUCGAAUUUCUCCAAACGAAGGUUUUGACGCCUGCCCGAAGAUGCGUGGAGCAAUAUAAGAGUAUCAUUGAUCAUCUAAAGGAUGACUCAAUACGACGUGCAGUACACGCGCUACCAAAGAACAUCCCUAACCGUAGAAUGAAAAUGUCAAAAGUGCAAUACGCAAGAGCAUUCAUAACCCAACAUCCUUUAUGA